AUGAGGGUGUUUAGAGGCACUCCGAAAACCUUUCGGGUACCAACCUUGGAGCGAGUGACCAUUGGGUGGGUUGGGGUAUUUUGGGGCUGGGGUGGAUCGGGAGGCGGUUGGGAGGUGGCUACAGUGGAUGGUGAUGUGGCUUCAGUAGGCGGAGGGGAAGGUGGCUUUGGUGGGGCUACAGUAGGCCGAGGUAAAGGUGGCGGUGGCGGUGGUGGGUCAGCAGUGUCGGGUGAGGGAGCCGCAACCAGUAGAGGUGUGUUAAUGGGAGCAACGAGUGGCGGUGAAGUAGGAGUGUCCUUGCAUAGAGAGCAAGGAGGAGAAGAGUGGUUGGAAGAUUGGUUAGGUGGGACAGGAGAUGGUAUUGUAGGUGAUGAUUCUGAGUGUGAAAAGGAAGUUGGUUCAUCAAAGGUAGACAAAAAAAGGUUGGCAACAUCAGUAUGGGAUGAGGUAUUAUUAAAGGGAAAAUAUGCCUCAUCAAAUCUAGCAUGGCGUGUGACAUACAUACGUGAUGAAGUUGGAUCAAAACACUUGUAA